AUGAAUCCUGAAUAUGACUACCUGUUCAAACUUCUUCUGAUCGGUGACUCUGGAGUCGGAAAGUCAUGUCUGCUGCUGCGCUUCGCGGAUGACACCUACACUGACAGCUACAUCUCCACCAUCGGAGUCGACUUCAAGAUCAGGACCAUCGACAUGGACGGGAAGACAGUGAAACUACAGAUUUGGGACACAGCAGGUCAGGAGAGGUUUCGAACCAUCACGUCCAGCUACUACAGAGGAGCUCACGGUAUCAUUAUCGUCUACGACGUCACAGAGCAGGAGUCCUUUAACAACGUGAAGCAGUGGCUGGACGAGAUAGAUCGUUAUGCCUGUGAAAACGUCUCCAGGCUGCUGGUGGGAAACAAGUGUGACCUCGUUAGUAAGAAAGUGGUGGAUGCUGCCACUGCUCAGGACCUGGCCUCGUCUCUUAAGAUCACCUUCCUGGAGACGAGUGCUAAGAGCUCUGAUAACGUGGAGAGGGCUUUCCUCACCAUGGCCUCUGAGAUCCACAAGCGCCUGGCUAGUGAGGGAGGGGGCAUGCAGGGCGAGUCGAAAGAGGCCAGGGCCCAGAGCGCCAAGAUCAACAGCGCCCCCCUGUGGCUGGGAGGGGAAAAACAGACGCAGGAGGCCAAUAACUGCUGCUGA